AUGUCUAACAAAGAUUUACUGUUGCGUGUCGAACAUGUGAAAUAUCGUAUGACAGGUGCUUCUAAAUCACCUAUUAGUACCUUUUAUGUUUAUGAAGAUCGGGUUGAAUGGUUGGACAACGCUUCAAUUGAAAAACUUGUCGUCCUUUUCAGCGAUAUUAGAGAAUUGACCGCAACAGAUUUAGUGACUUACAAGCAAUCCAUGAUUCUGUUGCAUUUUUGGAUGUGUUUUCCACCGACGAAUCCUGACAUGGAUGAAAAAUUUCCUGCAGAAAAAUGCUGA